AGCGUGGGCUGACGAUGACCUCCGGGUCUUUUUAGUUGUAGAGAAGAAGCCCAAGCCUGAAGGAAAAAGAAGGAAAAGCACAGGAUUUCAAAAAAAAAGGAAAAGCACAGACGCGUUGUCACUAAUGUUGAGCACAGACGUCACGCAUGGACGACCGUUCACAGGCUCUCGGCCAGCCAGAGUUUCACGCCGCGGCGGCGCGGUUUCCGGCGACGUCGCCAUCCCGUGCUCUCCCUCCCUACUCCAACUCACUGCGCGGGCUCCCUGCGGUCUGUUGUUUCUCGGCGGCUGUGGGGCCUCGACGAAGUCGUCGCGCCCUGAAGCUACCCUGGCCGGUGGUGCCGGCUUUGUCCCCAUCCACUUGGGUAGGGCGCCGCCGUUGGUUCUCUGCGGUCCGGCCCCGGCGGCUGGCGACUGGCGACUGGCGUGCACUGCUGCGCAAACACCCACCUCUGGCUGGCGGCGCCGGCGACGGCACCUGGCCGGCGGUCGACUCCCAUCCACUUCAGCAGCAACAUAAGGUCGCGCGUCUCCCCCUCCCCCAGCCACUUCGGCAGCAGCAGGUCUCUCCCGACAAAGUCAAAAGACAUCAUUUAUUUAACAGCACCAGCAGCCUUUGCUCGUCCAGCAGAAUUUGCGCAAUGAGGUCUGCAAACAUUGGAGAGCAGCAGGUGGAUGUCCAAGGGUCACAGCAGAACACCACAAGUGGGUCAUCAUCGUGGCAGACACCGCCAGAUCCAGAACCCAGCAUAGAUAGGGUGGCUGCACGUGCAGAAGCCAGAGAUCCUACUUGCAAUCCAGAUGAUGAGGUAACUUCUCAACUGUGGGAUGAAUCGGAGGGAGAUGUAUUGUCUUCAGCACCAGACGAAACUGUGAACACCGCCGAAAUUGGGAGGAAGCGGAAGAGAGGAAAACGAGGUGUGAACAAGUGGCCAGAUCGUACAUAUUCUGUAAGAGAAGUAGGCCCUAAAGGACAGCCCCUAGAACCUUUUGAGGUGCGAGCUAAGUUCCGCAACGCCAUCGGUUUCCUUGUCAGAGACAAAUUAGACAUUACAAUCUCACACUGGGAUCAGGUGCCAUUGAAAAUGAGGAAGGACUUAUGGAAAAAGCUGAAAACAAGGUUUAUUUUCGCAAGGCAGUCACGAGCUAUCGCAAAGCAGUAUGCAUGGAAGCAGCUUGGAAUCAGCUUCCGUAGCUUUAGGUCUGAACUAACUACCAAGUACGUGAAGAAAGGAUUGGAUCCACCGAAGAAAUACAAAAAUAUUUCUGCAAAUCAGUGGAAGAACUUUGUUGAGCAGAAGACAUCUGCUGAGUUCUUAGCUAAGAGUGAAGCCAAUAGUCGUAAUGCUAAGAAGAACAUCUACAGCCACCACCUUGGCACGGGUGGUUAUGACCGUAAGAUUCCUGAAUGGGAGGCAGAAGAUGCUGAUAGGAUAAAGAAUGGGUUACCGCCGAGGUUUGAAAACGUUGAACCAAGGGGCAGACGAUGGCUUCUUGCUCGACAGCCAAAAGAAAUUGAGCCGGGCUGUUUCACAUGGACAGAUCCAAAGGUCGAUGAAGCAGCCAAGAACAAUUUGGCCGUGGCAGCUAAGCAGAAGGAAGGAUCAUUCAAGCCAUCAAGGGAGAGGGAUGCCCUUACUGUUGGUCUAGGAAACCCAGAGCAUCCUGGUCGUGUGCGAGGCUUGUCGUCGAAGUUGGGCUGGAAAGAAGGAUUCCCUGAUUAUGCUGACAUGUAUAGAAAAUGCGACGGAUACAAGGAAGCUUUGAGAGAUCGUGGUAGGGAGGAGGCUAAGCAAGAAAUGUCACAAAUGUUGAUUGAAAUCAUUGCCAAUCCUAGUUCUGAGUUGAUGCAAAAAUUGGCUAGUGUAAUGUCAGCUCAAUAGGUGCCCACAAUACAGCAGCCACAGAUGAUCA